AUGGACUCGGACGAGGGCUACAACUACGAGUUCGACGAGGACGAGGAGUGCAGCGAAGAGGACAGCGGCGCCGAGGAAGAGGAGGAUGAGGACGAGGACGAGCCGGACGAUGAUAACCUGGAUCUGGGCGAGGUGGAGCUGGUGGAGCCCGGGCUGGGCGUCGGCGGGGAGCGGGACGGACUGCUGUGCGGGGAGACGGGCGGCGGCGGCGGCAGCGCUCUGGGGCCGGGCGGGGGCGGCGGCGGUGGCGGCGGCGGGCCGGGGCACGAGCAGGAGGAGGAUUACCGCUACGAGGUGCUCACGGCGGAGCAGAUUCUGCAACACAUGGUGGAAUGUAUCCGGGAGGUCAACGAGGUCAUCCAGAAUCCAGCAACUAUAACAAGAAUACUCCUUAGCCACUUCAAUUGGGAUAAAGAGAAGUUAAUGGAAAGGUACUUUGAUGGAAACCUGGAGAAGCUCUUUGCUGAGUGUCAUGUAAUUAAUCCAAGUAAAAAGUCUCGAACACGCCAGAUGAAUACAAGGUCAUCAGCACAAGAUAUGCCUUGUCAGAUCUGCUACUUGAACUACCCUAACUCGUAUUUCACUGGCCUUGAAUGUGGACAUAAGUUCUGUAUGCAGUGCUGGAGUGAAUAUUUAACUACCAAAAUUAUGGAGGAAGGCAUGGGACAGACUAUUUCGUGUCCUGCUCAUGGUUGUGAUAUCUUAGUGGAUGACAACACAGUUAUGCGCCUAAUCACAGAUUCAAAAGUUAAAUUAAAGUAUCAGCAUUUAAUAACCAAUAGCUUUGUAGAGUGCAAUCGACUGUUAAAGUGGUGUCCUGCCCCAGAUUGCCACCAUGUUGUUAAAGUCCAGUAUCCUGAUGCUAAACCUGUUCGCUGCAAAUGUGGGCGCCAAUUUUGCUUUAACUGUGGAGAAAAUUGGCAUGAUCCUGUUAAAUGUAAGUGGUUAAAGAAGUGGAUUAAAAAGUGUGAUGAUGACAGUGAAACCUCCAAUUGGAUUGCAGCUAACACAAAGGAAUGUCCCAAAUGCCAUGUCACAAUUGAGAAGGAUGGCGGUUGUAAUCACAUGGUCUGUCGUAACCAGAACUGUAAAGCAGAGUUUUGCUGGGUGUGUCUUGGCCCUUGGGAACCACAUGGAUCUGCCUGGUACAACUGUAACCGUUACAAUGAGGAUGAUGCAAAGGCAGCAAGAGACGCACAGGAGCGAUCUAGGGCAGCCCUACAGAGGUACCUGUUCUACUGUAAUCGCUAUAUGAACCACAUGCAGAGUCUACGCUUUGAGCACAAACUGUAUGCUCAGGUGAAGCAGAAAAUGGAGGAGAUGCAGCAGCACAACAUGUCCUGGAUUGAGGUGCAGUUCCUGAAGAAAGCAGUCGAUGUCCUCUGCCAGUGUCGUGCCACACUCAUGUACACUUAUGUCUUCGCCUUCUACCUCAAAAAGAAUAACCAGUCCAUUAUCUUUGAGAAUAACCAAGCAGAUCUAGAGAAUGCCACAGAGGUGCUUUCGGGCUACCUGGAACGAGAUAUUUCCCAAGAUUCUCUGCAGGAUAUAAAGCAAAAGGUUCAAGAUAAGUACAGAUACUGUGAGAGUCGACGAAGGGUUUUGUUACAGCAUGUGCAUGAAGGCUAUGAGAAAGAUCUGUGGGAGUACAUUGAGGACUGAGAAUGGCCCCGCAUAAAAUGAACUCUGAAAACUUUACCAUCUAGAGUGCUCAUGCAAUUAAAACAAACAAAACAAACACAAACACAAACAAGGAGGCACUAAGCCUCUUUGACACCACUGGUCUGUAGUACCGGAAUUCUGUUUUGUUAACGGAAAGUUUAAGUAAAUUAUAUUGUAAUAAAAAAAGGUAGAUAAACCAUUGUACAACAGUAUUCUAGGCCGCCAACAAAAGUGUGACAGACACACUAAAAGCCCUCCAACUUUAACUUGUAACGUAGCUUCAUUCUCAAAGCUGACUCCUUUUUUCUUUUUCUUUCCUGAGUGUAGUACAGUUAAAAUUUGAAACAGCUCUUUGACACUGCUUUUCAUGUCCAAACCAGCCAUUUUGUUGUACUUUGGUGAAGGAUCUCUUUUCCUUCCUCCCCUACACAUACAGAUACACCCCCACACACAGAUCGACUCUCUUUCUCUCAUACCCCAAGGUCAUAUGUGAAUGUUGAUUAGCUCCUUGUAAAGAAAAUUCUUGGGGCGGGAAGGGUAGGCAGCAAGAGGAUUAAACAAAAACAAACUUUGUAUAUGACUUUUAAAACAAGAGGACAACACAGUAUUUUUCAAAAUUGUAUAUAGCGCAUAUGCAUGGACAAAGCAAGCGUGGCACGUGUUUGCAUAAUGUUUACUUACAAAAAAAUAUUUAUUCUUUAAAAAUCUUCAAGAUUAUGUCUAUUUGCUGUGCAUUUUCUUUCAGUUUGCUUUAUAUUUCCAGGGUGGGGGGUUGGGAAAACAGGUGUGUUGGCUUAGCCCCUCUGGAAGACCUAACUAGAGCUCUGUGAUUCCCCUUUCCUGCUCCUGAGGUUACUUUGCCCUUUCUGGUUUUCUUAAGUCUGUUGGCUGGUCAGGGGCCUCAUGCCUUGAAUUCCCAGCUCUUCCUGAUCAGGGACAGGGAGGCUGAGCUCUGACUAAAUGCCAUGGAUUGAUAAGGGCUGCCAUGGGGGAGGGGGAGCUUUGUUGCUGUAGUUCAAGACGACUCCAUCCCCGGCCUCAUCCAUUUCCCCAAGCCUUUGUGCGCCCAUGGCAUACACACUGCUAAAGGCUUCCUGACCUACUCAUCACGUCCACAGGAAGCAUUUCAAGUUUUCUUUCCUUUUGAUUUUUUUUUUUUUUAAUUGCUGCUUUGAGCCUUUUAAGAUUUUAGUUACGGCUCUUCUUUUACCCCUUCUCCACGUUAGAGUGUCAAAUAUAAUGUUUUUGCUUUAAAUAUAAAUAGCCAUUCACUUAGUCUCAGAUUGUAAAUUUAAAAUGGCAGAUACUGAAAUUGCCUGUGUGUGUUGCUGUGGGUUCAGUUUGAAGGCCAACACCCCUAGAACAUGAUAUUCCCAUAUAGUGCAUUUGAAUAGAAAUCACUGAGUUUGCUUCUUUUCUAUUGUCAGCAGGUAGGAGAAUUAAUAAUGCAUUUUAGCUGUGAUGUCCAUUUUUAUGAAAUUUCUUCUAAGCUAUGUUAAAAGUAAAGGAUGGUGGUGGUUUUAUUAACUAUAUACCUGUUUCGGCCAUUCUGGCUAUGGUAUUUUUCAACAGGUCAGCAUCCCUAAAUCUGUCAGUUUUAUAUGGGAGUGCAGAGUGAACUAGGCAACUAGAUUAAGAGGUUUUAAUAUUAAAUACCAAUUUCGGCUGUGGACCUCUUUGUCUUCCUUUAAAUGUCUUGCGCCUAGGGGAGUGUUUACCAUUUGUGAGGCAGCUUUGUCUGCUCUUGCACUGUACAUCUUACUACUCCAUUGGGAAGUAGGUUCACUUUCCUCUGGCCGUUUGCCUAAGUUAGGCUUUGCUGAAUCAACCCUACUUUUCCUUUUAGAAAAGGUUGUUACCUGAGAUGUACUUGCAACUGUUCUUUUCCCAUCAAAAAUCAGUGAAUGUUUGCUGAAUAUAUUAUGCUGCUUCCUUAAACCACUUGUCGCUUUAGGAUCGACUUUACCUGAACCUUUUAUCCCCUCCUCCCUUGCCACCUCAGGUGCAAAUCUGAACUCAGUGUCUGCUUCUUCCAUAUUCCCUUCUCCUCCCUUUCCCCAUUAUCCACUUGAUUUUAUUUUACUUUAAAUGACUGCAUCAAUCUUAAAUACAUUUAUCAAAAGUUUUUUUUUUUUAGAAAGCUUGAACAAGUUCCUUUCCCUGGUAACUUUGAAAAGCUGCCAGAGUUGCUAUAUGGAUAUAUGUGGCUCCCUAAAAAUGCUUUGUAUAUGUGUUGUGUCUUUAAAAAAUCUUACCAGUUAACUUCGCACUAUCUAGGUUUGAGUGUCAUAAAUCCUCUUUACAUGCUCCCCUUGCAUCAAGUAUUCACAACCAGUUUGUGCACUUCAUAACGUCCGCCCCCGUGGAGGAGUAGUGCUUUUUAGAGAUGCUGUCUAGUUGCAGUGUUGGCACACUCCCUGAGGGUAUUGCAGUUGUGGGUGCGUUCUCUAAUUUGUAUGGAUCAAGGGGAACUGGCCUUUCCUACUUGCAGGCUUUUAACAGCUAUCUCCGUAUUUGACAGAAUUCCCUGAGUUAACUGUUUUCAUUGUUAGUAUCUUCAAUGCCCGAAACUGGGAUAGGCAAGCCAUAUUGUAUGACAGCUUCCCUGUUUCACCUACUAAGGCUUGCUAUCAGAGGGCUCGAUUCACAGCAAGCAUCAGGGUCUCCCUGUCUUCUUGGGGGCAGUUACGUUGUCUUUUGAAAAGUGCAUGCUUCAUGUGAACAAUUCAUUAAGCAGUAGAUGGACUUUCAGUGAUCUACAAUAAAAUUUUGAUUGGAAGCUCAGGACACAAACCACAGUGGUAAAAUUGAAUAGCAUCUAUUACCAGACUCUAAAUUCUGUGUAUUUUCUGCGACCCAGAUCGUAUGUGUUCUAUGUGUGUUUAAAUAAAAAUAUGAAAUACACAUGUGUAUACAUACACACAUAUACAGCAGCUCCAAGACUGACUGACUUGAUUGGAAAUGGUUGGAUGCAGUGUAAAAUGUGGUUCAGCCAUGGUUAGGAACUGAAAUUCAGUACAAGAGCAUAAAGGACUUGAUGUAACAGAUUUCUCUUAGCUACAAAUCCCGGUAUAGAGCACUUGGGGGAUGGGAGGGGGCGGGUUGGUGAGACAAUCAGACCGGUAAAUUGAUUAAAUGCUCCUAACCCUGUAAUUUUGUGCGUAGAGCACCCUGUGCUGUGGAAAUAACUGUUCUUAGAUUUUCAUUGUAACUGGACUGUUCAGGUUGCCCAGAGGGAAAGAACAUUCCUAAUUCUAAUAAAAUAAACUUUUAUUUUGUUAUUCCAUUAGUUACUUAUGUUUAUUUUUAUAAUUUAAAAAAAAAUUGGUGGCCUGACAACCACCUGUAUUUUGUGCCUUAUUCACUGUUCCUACUUAAUAUAAGAUGUCAACAUUUGGUUCAGUUUCUUUGUAGGGAACUAUGAAUGAGACCGUCCCCUACGACUGACUUGGUGACUAUAGCCUUCGGAGCAUUUCCUGAAAGCCUUCCAAUUUCUGUGUCUCGAACAUUGAAUUUAGAUUUCCAUUUGUGUUGUAACAAUGAUAAUACCGAGAUGCUCAGUAGAUCUUUGAAUGCUGGUUUCUUUUCCUUAAGUCGUUUUCAGUUAACUGUAAAACUCCUUCACAUAACUUCCAUUUUACUUACCCUUCGUAGCUAAUACUGCCUAUAGAGAUGGAGAGUUACCUUCUUAAAGAAGGCUCCAGAGUUGGAGAUACUUGUCAUUGAUACUCUUAGUUUAGAUUUUAGUACAGUUUAAUUUGGUUUAUUUGGAUCUAUAAUUACAAGUGUUUAUCACUUUCAUCUUCAAUGCACUUUCUUAUACUAGCCUUUAAACAAAUGGGGUAGAAAUUGUUCUGUUUUACAAGAGAAGAAAAUGAGGCUCAACAAGGUUAAGUAAUUUUCCCAAGGUUAACAGUUUCUUUCAUCAGGUACUGGAAUUUUCUUGUAUCUGAGACUCGAACGGUAUCACACUCUCUCUUUAUAUCCAUAUUCUGGUCUCAGAAUGACCUAGAAUUCAGUACCAGAAAAGGUGGUUCUUAACUAUGGUUUCGUGCUUUUAAAAUACAUCAAGGACUAUAUAAAUACCUGUCACUGCUACUGUUAGAGGAGUGCUGUAUGAUUUCCAUCUUUAAUUUGUUGUUGCAUCGUUUACAGCUCCUGUGGCCCUGGUUUGCCUAAUUGUUAGAAACCAGCUGUGGUUAGAAAGUAGCCCUUUCCAUCGCACGGGUUUGGGGCAAUCCUCACGUGAAGACUGUGAUGUGAUAGUUAAGGGUAAAUAGUUGAGCAUGAUUUCAUUUGCUAAAUGGUGCCUGAGCAAUUUGCCAUUGUUGACCUGGUCAUUUGUAAACAAAAAAAAAAAAAAUUUCCAAAGUAAAGAAUUUUGGGUUGUGUCUACUAGAAUUUCUUACAGGAGUUGUUUUACAACUGAAAACACGGCAGAACAGCCCAUAUCCAUUUGAUCUCUGCAUUUCUCCUUGAAAUUGGAUGACCAGCUUCCAAAUUUUAAUUUUUUGAUUUCUGUAUGAUUAAAUGCAAUUUGGGGGCAACUAUUGUUGAUCUUUCUCUAGGCAGUAGCAUUUAGGAUAGAAGAAGUAAUGAAUAUCAGAUUCUUUUGAAAAGCAGUUUGAUUAAACAGUAGACAUGCUUCUUUAGUGCCAUUUUUACAGUAGAAGUCAGUGUAUGAAUGAGUCAUACGCUGAUAAGCAGGUCUUAAUGCCAAACCAGUUACCAGUUGCGGUCGAGUCGAUUCCAGCUCACAGCCACCCCACGUGUGUCAGGAUAGUACUGUGUUCCAUAGGGUUUUUAAUGGCUGAAUUUUUUGAAAGUAGAUCACCAAGCCUUUCGAGAUGCCUCUAAGUAGACUUGAACCUCCAACCUUUUGGUUAGGAGCCAAGCAUGCUAACCGUUUGUGCCACCCAGGGACAGCAGUGCCAGGGCACACCCUUGUUACCAUAAUCACAGUUUCAGAUUCUUAAUGUCUACAAGAGGCAGCUAAAUGUUUUUAAAAUGGACUGCCCUGUGUUGUUCGAGAAGCCUGUGAAACCCAGACUUGUGUAUUCUCUCAAUUUUGAAAUGUUGGUGAUUACAGUAUUUUUAAAUAUGAGUCAAAGAAAACCCACUCGUGACCAUCAUUUUCCAACUUCUGUGAGUCUUAGGUUGCAACUUAUAAUAAUUGCAAAGAGAGAAUACAGCUGAGCAUAGGUCAUAAAGAACAAAAGGACCUAUAUUUGGUGAGUUCACAGGCUCAGGGUAGGGCCUAUCAAUGUAGGCCCUAGCUGAGUGGGUUUUGUAGAAUGGUGUUACCCAAGAGUCCAGUGUGUAGUGCCCAGUUUUUGUUUUUUUUUUUCCUUCCAGUUUUCUAGUAAGUGGCCCACUUGGAGAAAAUAAUUCACAAAACCAAAAGCCUGUUGAGCAGUAGACCUGACAAGCAGAGUAGAAUAUUCAGGUCAACCGGCAAUAUGUUCUCUUCCUAAAAGGGAGAAAUCUGAGAAAGUAAAUCGGUGGAGGGCUGGGCAAAAGAAGGUAAGCUUAUAUGCAUUCGAGCGAACGCAAACUUCAACUUAAUCACUUAGAGUUGAAUUCUGAACAUUUUAUAGAGUCCACAAGUUUCUUUUAGCUUCAUUCUUAGGAUAAUUUUGUGUGUUAAGACAAUGGAUUUUCCUAUUUUUAUCACCAGUGUGGGUAAUGGAAAGAAUAUUGAUAUUCUCAGCCAUAGUUUUCCCUUCUGUAAAAUAGGGAUACUUAAUAGGAGCUAUAAUUUGUUGAGUACUUCUUGCCAGAUGCCUUAAUUACAUUAUCUGUAUCCUCUAAGCAACCCUAAAAGAAAAGUAGGCAUUGCUGUCCUAUUUUAUAAACGGGGAAACAGGCUUAUAGACUAUUAACUUGCUCAAAAGUUACACAGUGAGUUUAUGUUCGGGUUAGGUUUUCUGAUGCUGUGUGUUCAUUAUGUUGUCUACUUUAUCUGUGACAGAAAUAUUGUGAGGAUCAAAGAAAAUGACCCUCACAUUUUCCCAAACAAAUUCUAGUUAUAAAUAAUAAGCACACUAGUGGUAACUUAGGCGAAAAAUAAAGAUACAGAACUGCCUCAUAGACUCCCAAACGCAGAAUUAGACAGAACCCAGAAGCCAGAAAGCCAUUUUGGACUCCUAGGCUGGCAUGGGCUGUGCCAUCUGCACAUCCACAUUAUUCUGUCUAUAUUAAAUAAUCUCAAUUUGUCCUGUCAGCCUCUCCAUAGCUCCAAGUGUUACAUGUUAACUAUUCCAGACACAGAGACAAAACCAAACUAGGCCAAGGUGCAUGGUCAUUAGGAUAAACUUGACUCUUGGGUGUUUACCCCUGUGGAUUGGGGUGGGGGGUGCGGGGUGUGGGCAGCGCACAGAUUUUUAUAGAAAGUGUCCACAGAGAAAGCUAAAAUGCCCUGAAAGUUUCCUUUUCUAAAAGAAACGUAACGAAUUAAUAUAGAAUUAAUACGGCUAACUUGUGAAUGUUUACUAAGUGCUUCAUGUGCAUCAUCUCAUUUAAACUCAAGAACCCUAUGAAAUAGUUACCAUCCCCUGACAAUAGAAGCUCAAGGAAGAUGGGUAAUUUGCCUGAGGUCACCGUGUUCUGUUACUGUCAGAAGGAAGAUUCAAACCUACAUUCCUUCAGUUAACACCCAUGGUGCCAGGCAGUGUUCUGUGCGCUGGAUAGUGAAUAACGGGUCUGUUGGUUUGUCUAAAUCUCACGACUACAGCUCUACAUGGAGGCUCAGUGGAUUGCCCAAAGUCACCCAACCAGGGCAUGGCAGAGCUGGAGCCACAGCCUGACCUCUAGCACUAUAUUCUUUGCACUGCACUGUAGCUGCUUCUGAAACAGCCAUGCCAAGGGCACCUGCUAAAGCUAUGUAGAUGGGGCAGCUUCCAGCCUUAGAUUGCUCUGGAGACUUGAUGACUAGUUCUUAUUUUUGGCUCUUUGUGUUCAAAACAGGUGCCUCUCUUGUUGUUAACCUCAGAUGUUAUACUACUAAGAAGGUACCAAAAUACGGCUUUUCCUUCCUCACAUUUGAGAGCCACUCUAGCAUUUUAUUAAGAAGCAAGCCCCAUAUUUCCAAACCCUUUCCAGAAGGCCUGUCUGGUUUUGAGCUGAUCACAUUGACUUCAUAUGCAUAAAGUAUAAAAUAACAUUUCCUGGUGUUAGUGUCUUAUUUGGCACCUCACUGGCUACACCUGUAUAAAAGUGUGGUAUGUACUCUUCAAGCUCCCUGCCUUUUACCAUGGACUAUUCAAGUUUCAGGGUGGGGUUUUGGAGGAUGAUUGUAGAUACCUAACACUAAUUCCCUAUAGUAGUAAAUUCUCCAGAAAGCUCUUUAGGCUGAAACCUUGUCUCUAGAUUUCUUUCUGAUGGCUAAUGUUCUUCUCUGUUUGCAUGAUGACAAAGCGGUGCCCUAAAAACCACCUCAGUACACAUUAAAGGCUAUUAUUAGAAUUAUAAAUCGGGGGCUUGUGCAGUGAGGAUCUAGUUGUCUGAAACCCACUGGCCAAGUUGGAAUAUUUGAGGGUCGAGUAAACACAGAGAGAGCAGGAUUUCAUCCUAAGUUUUCUCAGGGACCUGUCCAACAACACCACUAGAAUUUCCCAGCUUUGUCUUGCAGAGACUCCCUAUGUGUACUCCCACCUCUCAGGUUCACACAGUCCUUUCAGAGGGAGUCCAGCAUUUAUGGAGCACCUCUUGUGAGCCUAGCUGGGUGAUAGAUUUUCCAAUGGAACACCUCAAAAUUGUAAAGAUCUUGCACCUGCUCUCGAGUCAUUUAUAAUCUAAUGGUAGUCUUACUGGUAUGAACAUAGUUGCUUGGUAAUAAAUUCCUCCCAAUGAACUUGUGAUUCAUUUCUAUAUAAAACCAGUUGUCAGGAAGUUGAUUUCUACUCAUGGGGACCCAGAGUAGAACUGUGCUCUGUAGGGUUUUCGAUGACUGAUUUUUUCCAAGUAGAGAGCCACAUGUUUCUUCCCAGGCAUCUCUGGGUGGACAGAAACUUCCAAACUUUCAGUUAGCAGCUGAGUGCCUUAACCAUUUGUACCCCUCUCGCCCAGAGAUUUCUCAUUUAUACAAAA